AUGCGUCGUUUCACGUGCGCAGCGGCGCAGCGGCGGUGGCUCCUGCUGGGGCUCCCACGCGUCGCACGAGAGUGGUUCGGCGCACCUCAGCCGUCCCUCGUGGGCUUUACUCCGGCCAUGACGGCGACGGCACGCCUGCUGCACACCACCUCCCUUAGCCUCGCCCCCAAAGAGGCACCCUAUCAAUGCGGGGAGUGCGGGAAGACGUUCCGACUGCUCAAUGCGCUGAACCACCACAUCCUCACCCGUCACGGCAACAAAGCGAAGGCGCUCAUGAAGAAGGAUGGCGCACUGGUGGAGAUGACAGCGGAGCAGCUGAAGGGCAGCAGCCACAGCGGAGCAGCCGCCUCCCCCAUACCGGGGCUCAGCGCGGCACCGUCGUCUCCUCUCGGGGCUGCUGCGGCCGUUGGCGGUGGGGGCGGUGCGGCGGCGGCGGCGCCCGCAGGCUCCGGCUUCCCCGGCGUGUUCGGCGCUCCGUUUGGCUCGCCACCAACGUCGUCGUCCUCCCCUGCCGUUUCUGCUGCUUUCAUAGGCGCGGUGCCGGGCGUGUCUCCCACCCCCGCGGCGGGAGCGCCGGGAAGCAACGCCGACGCGGCGACCGACGCGGCGACCGACACGGCGACGGCCGACGAAGACGCGGAGAAGCGCAGCUUCGUGUGCACUAUUUGCCAAAAGACGUUUCGGCUGGAGGCGGCGCUGCAGCACCACUACCAAGCGAAGCAUAACAUGGACAUGCCCUCCAUGAUCGGCGGCAGCGGCAGCGGCAACGGCACGGCGGCGUCGUCAUCGUCGUCGGCCACGGCUGGUGGCCUCGCCGGCUUCGGAAGCGGUGCCGCCACCACGGCAGCGAACAGCUUCGGUGCCGCUGCGAUGGGCAGCGCUGCCGGAGGUGAGGCGUCCUCCUCGUCCUCCGCCAGUCUUGGCGGCAUGAGUGCGGCCCAGUACAUACGGCAGCAGGAAGGCACGCUGCCGGACGCACCGCAGUAUCACUUAGACGUCGCCCCCAACGCCCCGGAGGAGGGCGACAUCGCGGCCCACUGGCGCUGCGUCAACCUGUGCGUCUUGAUGGGCAGCGUGCGGGAGGUGGAGGACGGCUACGUCUUCCAGGACCACGUGCUGCAGUUUACCGUGGCGACCGAGUUCGCCAACCCGUCGCCGGGUGACCCGGACAUGGACUUCCACACCGUGCGCGUCUACGGCGAUGAGUUCUGGCAACCGCUGAAGGCGGAUAUCCAGGCAGGUGGCCGUUUCCUCGUGACGGGUCGCCUGCGCAUGGUGCCGCAGUACGACACCGUCAUGAAGAAGUACUACCACUACCCCGUCAUUCAGGUGUUCCCUGGCACGGGAAACGUGGUGCGCGCUUGA